UAAAUUUCGAAAGUUUCUCAAGUUUUUAACAUUGUUCAAUACAACUUGGGAGCACAUCACGCGUCGGAAAAACAUUUUCACCAACUGUGCGUGGCUGAAAAAAUGCACACAUCUAAAUAAACGAAAAGAAAUCAAGGCUGCAAUCGUUGAAUUAAUAUUGCGCAAGGUGAAAAGCUAAAACCAGCGUAAAUAACGUUAAUAACAUUCAUUCGAGCAUCAUUUUUGCACGCCAAGAAUACAUAUACCAAUAUUGAUACAAGACGUGCUCAAUUAUUUAUGCAUUGUUGCAUACCGCCUGCAAAUAGCAACAGUUUAGCAACAGCUGAUUUAUAUCUGUUUGAGUAUGACGCGUGGUAAACUUACCCGAAACAGAUGAUGUUAGUUUUGUGUAGUUUAUGAUAAUGCACAGAUGAAAUAAAAAUCGAGCGUGAUUUGUGAGGUCGGCAAAUUGAAAAUAAAGUGAUAACAUUCGGAUUAUAGAUAUCAACGAUUGACAAAUGCUUAUCUGGAUUUCGAUUAUGACGAGUUACAGUCGUGACAAUUCUACAUUGAUAUUGAACAUUAUGACGCAGCGACACGACGUGCAAAAGUACGAAGCGGGACGAAUUAAAGUCCUGCAAGAGGAACGCUUGCAUAUACAAAAGAAAACAUUCACGAAAUGGAUCAAUUCAAUUCUGCAAAAGGCUCGCAUGGAGGUGGUGGACCUCUUCGAGGACCUCGCCGACGGUAAAAAAUUGCAUAAACUUCUCGAGAUAAUCACCGGCGAGAAACUGCCCAAACCAAAUAAGGGAAGCUUGCGCCUACAUAAACUCGAAAAUGUGAACAAAAGCUUAGCGUUUCUGCAUACCAAAGUGCGACUGGAGAGUAUAGGAGCCGAGGAUAUCGUUGAUGGUAUUCCCACUCUGGUGUUGGGUUUAAUAUGGACGAUUAUUCUGCGGUUUCAAAUCCAAGAGAUCGAAAUCGACGUGGAUGAGGAGAGCGAAAGCUCCGAGAAGAAAUCUGCCAAAGAUGCGUUACUGCUGUGGGUGCAACGAAAGACGCACGGGUAUUCCGGCGUCAACAUCAACGACUUUUCUGGUUCGUGGCGAAGUGGUUUGGGUUUCAAUGCGCUCAUCCAUGCCCAUCGGCCGGAACUCUUUGACUAUAAAAACUGGCACCAAACUCGCACAUAGACAAUCUGAAUCAUGCGUUCGACGUGGCCAACAACGAGCUCGGCAUUCCACGACUGCUGGAUUCUGCAGAUAUCGAUACGAGUCGACCAGAUGAAAAAAGUAUCAUCACCUAUGUGGCAUCCUAUUACCAUACAUUCGCUCGCAUGAAGAACGAGAAAGCAGAGCGGAAUCAGCAUCCAACGCAGAUUGAAGAACAUAUUGCUACUGAUAAAACAACAACAACGCGUUUACAAGACGAUACAUCUUUAAAACAAAAUGAAGCUUAUAAUACAGACAAACCCAAAUGCCAGGCUCUUCUGGAUCAAAUUAAUGAUUUACACAUUAUAUUAAACAGUAUAAAGUCUAGAAGUAAAGGACAAGGACAAGACGCACCCGGGGUGUCCAAUUUGAAUCAGACUCCUGAAACAGCUGUUGAUAAACCUGUGGAAGAGGCAAGUUAUGAAACCAAAAUGGUUCCGGUUGAAGUAUACGAAGAGGAACCAGUUGAGAAGCUGGAAAAUCGUCUGGUGCUUACAGAAAGGGAGAUUCCACAGGUACAAGCUUUGUUUCCGUAUAGUAAAGAUGAUUUUUCGAUUGUCAAAGGAGAGGUGAUGUUUUUAACUAGUAAGAACAACGCGGAUUGGUGGUGUGUACGUAAGGCAGACGGAACUGAAGGUUUUGCACCAGCGAAUUACGUCAGGAUGAUUGAACCACGAUUGAUGAAGUUGAAAGUCAACAAACAGGAGAAGGUCAUAGUGAUGCAGAAAGUGAAAAAGAUCAAAAUGGUACCACUGGAAAUUUCAGCGAAAAAAUAAACAUCCCGUAUUAGUUUAGUUUUUAUUUUAAUAAAUUGCUUUGAAUGCA